AAGCGGAGCAGGUGACAGGGACAGCACCGUGCGUUCACCCCGUCAGCAGCUCCGACUGAGCGCAGAACAUUGAAUAGUAAUAACGCUGUUUCUUAUUCGAGUCGCAAAACAUCUAACAUGUGAAGAAUUUGAAACCCUUUGUUGUUGUUGUUUUUGGCGGACAUUCAUUAUUAAGUUUUGACGUCUCUGAGAGAAAUAUCGGUUUGUCGCCGCUGUCCCUGGAUGGAGGACCUUGAUCUUGGUGUCGCUCGAGCUGAUGGAAGAGCUCCGUUUAUUCUGCUCUUAUAAAGAAAGCUUCAGUUCUGGGAAAGUCAGCAAAACAACCGAGAUAAAAUGCCGUUCAUUUCAAAUAUUUUGUGAAAAGCGCAGUGAAAAGUCGUUAAUGUGGAUUUAAAUGCGUCGCACAGAAGGACGCCGACCUCCUGUUUCUCUGAUUCUGAUCUCACGUGAAGCGACGUUUUGGGUUAAAAAUCAUCGUUCAUACCGAGGAGAAAUUGUGGGCUAGAGAACGCCACUGUUGCGCAGAGAGGGCUUUUUGAAGCAAUAUGGCUGAUGGCUGGGGCUGGGGGCGCUGGCAGGAGCUCUCCAAAGCUACCCGAUGCUAGCUGUGGCAGAUCGCAACCUUUCCCGCGGCGGCGACGGCAGCUCUAGAAUGACCAAUAAUAUCAACUACAAUAAAAACUCGGACUCUUCUGUCUCUAUAUCCAGGAUGGAUGUGAUCAUCCCCUUCUCCCCAGACGUGCCGUGCGAUAACAAUGGCCAGCGCAUGUGGUGGGCUUUCCUCGCCUCGUCCAUGGUGACGUUCUUCGGGGGUCUCUUUAUCAUCCUCCUGUGGAGGACCCUCAAGUACCUGUGGACUGUCUGCUGCCAUUGUAGCAUCAAAACCAAGGAGGCCCAGAAAGUGAAUAGCGGGCAGGCAGAUGGGCCACUGAAGAGCCAGGAUGAGAAGGAUGAUGCCCCAGCUAGUGAGGUGGGCUGGAUGACCUCGGUGAAAGACUGGGCUGGGGUCAUGAUCUCAGCACAGACUCUCACAGGCAGAGUACUGGUGGUGUUAGUCUUUGCUCUCAGUAUCGGAGCCCUUGGAAUAUACUUCAUAGACUCGUCUGACCCUAUAGAGUCCUGUCAGAAUUUCUAUAAAGACUUCACGUUACAGAUUGACAUGGCCUUCAACGUGUUCUUCUUGCUCUACUUUGGUCUGCGUUUUAUUGCAGCAAAUGAUAAGCUGUGGUUCUGGCUGGAGGUGAACUCUGUGGUGGAUUUCUUUACUGUGCCCCCAGUGUUUGUGUCCGUGUAUCUUAACAGGAGCUGGCUGGGUCUGAGAUUUCUAAGAGCCUUGAGACUGAUACAGUUCUCAGAAAUUUUACAGUUUUUGAAUAUCUUAAAAACAAGUAAUUCCAUCAAGCUGGUGAACCUGUGUUCCAUCUUCAUAAGCACAUGGCUCACAGCUGCAGGAUUCAUUCAUCUGGUGGAAAACUCAGGGGAUCCUUGGGAAAACUUCCAAAAUUCUCAACCACUUUCAUAUUGGGAAUGUGUGUACUUACUCAUGGUUACGAUGUCCACGGUGGGAUACGGGGAUGUCUGUGCGAAAACCACCCUGGGCCGACUUUUCAUGGUCUUCUUCAUUCUUGGCGGUUUGGCCAUGUUUGCCAGCUACGUCCCUGAAAUCAUAGAGUUAAUAGGAAACCGCAAGAAAUAUGGUGGUUCCUAUAGUGCGGUUAAUGGCAGAAAGCAUAUUGUCGUCUGUGGUCAUAUCACACUCGAAAGUGUAUCCAACUUCCUUAAAGACUUCCUACACAAGGACAGGGAUGAUGUCAAUGUAGAAAUUGUUUUUCUUCAUAAUAUUUCCCCUAAUCUUGAGCUGGAAGCCUUGUUCAAACGUCACUUCACUCAGGUGGAAUUCUACCAAGGAUCUGUUCUUAACCCACAUGAUCUAGCUAGAGUCAAGAUUGAGUCAGCGGACGCAUGCUUAAUUCUCGCCAACAAAUACUGUGCAGACCCAGAUGCUGAAGAUGCAUCGAAUAUAAUGAGAGUAAUAUCGAUCAAGAAUUACCAUCCAAAGAUAAGAAUAAUCACUCAAAUGUUGCAGUACCACAACAAGGCGCAUCUGCUAAACAUUCCCAGCUGGAACUGGAAGGAGGGCGAUGAUGCGAUCUGCCUGGCGGAGCUGAAGGCGGGCUUCAUAGCCCAGAGCUGCCUGGCACAGGGUCUGUCCACCAUGCUUGCCAACCUCUUCUCCAUGAGGUCAUACAUCAAGAUUGAAGAGGACACAUGGCAGAAAUAUUAUCUGGAGGGUGUGGCCAAUGAGAUGUACACUGAGUACCUGUCCAGUGCCUUUGUGGGCCUUUCUUUUCCUACAGUUUGUGAGCUAUGUUAUGUGAAGCUCAAAUUGUUGUUGAUUGCUAUUGAAUACAAGUCAGAGCAGAGGGAAAGCAGUAUUCUGAUCAAUCCUGGGAACCAUGUAAAGAUGCAGGAGGGAACCUUGGGAUUCUUUAUUGCCAGUGAUGCCAAAGAGGUCAAAAGAGCAUAUUUCUACUGCAAAGCUUGUCAUGAUGACAUCACAGAUCCCAAAAGGAUCAAAAAGUGUGGCUGCAAGAGACUGAUAUAUUCCAAGAUGUCCGUCUACAAGCGAAUGAAACUGGCAUGUUGUUUUGAUUGCGGGCGCUCUGAGCGCGACUGCUCGUGCAUGGCAGGCAGUGUACAUAGUAACAUGGACAGCCUUCAGAGGGCCUUCCCACUUUCUUCUGUCUCUGUUCAUGAUUGCUCAACCAGUUUACGUGCCUCCAAAUAUAAGUAUAACGGAUAUGUUACAUCACCAGCAGAUGGCGCUACAACUCCAGGGAAAACAGGAGGUCAGAGAGAGGCUGGGGUUCGGUUCAAAGCAGAAUGGAAUUUAGUUGAAGACGAGCAUCCAUCAACGCUGUCACCCAAAAAGAAGCAGCGUAACGGAGGCAUGCGAAAUUCACCCAACUGCUCACCCAAAGUGAUGAGACACGACCCUUUACUUAUUCCAGGAAACGAGCAGAUUGAGAAUAUGGACGUUAAUGUGAAGAGAUACGACUCCACUGGAAUGUUUCACUGGUGUCCUUCCAAAGAAAUUGAGAAAGUCAUUCUGACGAGGAGUGAGGCCUCCAUGACGGUUCUGAGUGGACACGUCGUGGUCUGUAUAUUUGGAGACGUCACUUCUGCUUUAGUGGGGCUGCGAAACUUGGUGAUGCCUUUAAGAGCAAGUAACUUUCAUUACCAUGAGCUGAAGCACAUAGUCUUUGUAGGCUCACUGGAUUAUCUGAGGAGGGAAUGGGAAACCCUUCAUAACUUCCCCAAGGUCUCCAUCUUACCUGGCACACCAUUAAGUCGAGCUGAUUUAAGGGCUGUAAACAUCAACCUCUGCGACAUGUGCGUUAUCCUGUCAGCCAAUCAGAACAAUAUCGACGAUGCUUCACUGCAGGACAAGGAAUGCAUCUUGGCAUCACUCAACAUCAAAUCUAUGCAGUUUGAUGACAGCAUUGGGGUCCUGCAGGCUAAUUCCCAAGGUUUUACACCUCCGGGAAUGGACAGAUCGUCUCCAGACAACAGUCCAGUGCAUGGGUUGGUUCGCCAAGCAUCGGUCACCACUGGAUCCAACAUCCCAAUCAUAACUGAACUAGCUAAGCCUGGCAAACUACUGCCUUUGGUUCCAUUCAGUCAGGAAAAAAACAGUGGAACCAACAUACAAAUGAUAACAGAACUGGUGAAUGAUUCAAAUGUUCAGUUCCUGGACCAAGAUGACGAUGAUGACCCGGAUACAGAGCUGUAUCUGACCCAGCCCUUUGCCUGUGGGACAGCUUUUGCUAUCAGUGUGCUCGACUCUCUUAUGAGCGCUACGUACUUCAACGAUAAUAUCCUGACGCUGAUCCGGACGCUGGUGACAGGAGGGGCCACGCCGGAGCUGGAGGCGCUGUUGGCCGAGGAGAAUGCGCUGCGUGGAGGAUAUAGCACACCGCAGACGCUAGCUAACAGGGACAGGUGUCGCGUGGCACAGCUCGCCCUCUACGAUGGCCCUUUCGCAGACUUGGGGGAUGGUGGCUGUUACGGGGACUUGUUUUGUAAAGCAUUAAAAACCUACAACAUGCUAUGCUUUGGAAUCUAUAGAUUAAGAGAUGCACACUUAAGUGCACCGAGCCAGUGCACAAAAAGGUAUGUCAUCACCAACCCGCCCUACGAAUUUGAGCUCGUCCCCACAGACCUGAUCUUCUGCCUGAUGCAGUUUGACCACAACGCAGGUCAGUCGCGAACCAGCCUGUCCCAUUCGUCCCAUUCCUCACACUCAUCCAGCAAGAAGAGCUCCUCAGUUCACUCCAUCCCUACCACCAACCGGCCCAACCGCAGCAGCAAGACCCGUGAAAACCGCGACAAACACAAUGCAACAAGGAUGAAUAGAAUGAGCCAAGAAAAGAAAUGGUUUACAGAUGAACCAGAAAAUGCCUACCCACGGAACAUUCAAAUCAAGCCCAUGAGCACUCACAUGGCCAAUCAAGUCAAUCAGUACAAAUCCACUAGCAGCCUGAUUCCACCAAUCAGAGAAGUUGAAGAUGAAUGCUGAAUCCCAGGCUUUUGACGAGUUGGAGCAUCCUGAUGUAAAAGAUGAGCAGUGAAGAGGAAACGGUGAUGAUAAAAACGAUUCACUGUCAUUUUACACCUUAAAGGUUUUUCUUUUUCUUUUUUUGUGACCAUGGAAACUAGAAGGGACCUCCUGUGUGUAUACCUUUUAAUGUUACUUCCAUGCUUUUGGAAACAUUUAAUUUAUAAAUGUAUACAUAGUGAUGUACAUAAUGACAAUCAAAUAAGGAUUGUACAGCCCUCUAGCACUUUUUGAAAUUAUGUUAAAACAGUAAAGAAGUACUUCCUGUAAUUCAUUGCAAUAUCUCAUGUCUGUAGUGACCUGACUCUGUGCAGAAGGCUUUGUGUUAUGGAGGAUGAGGGUCACAGUCCUCCAGCUCGUCAACAUUACCCAAAGAACCUCAGCUGAAAUGUUGCUUAAGCCCCACUACACACAUACAUGCACCCUCAUCUGCUUCUUUUUGCACUAAAUGUAAUAGUGGAAAAACUUCUGAAAUGUACUGAAAGGAGUGUAAACAGUCAGACAGCAAUGACUUAAAAUUGCUGGCUGACUGUGGAGUGGCUCUGUUAGGAGAAGCGACUGUUAAAGGUGAUGAGUGUUGCCUGAGGGGCCUCAGUCCUGCUUUGUGUGGAGAAGCUUUCAUUUGAGUAAAUGUUGCACUCAACCUGGUCGUGCAGAGUGGAAAAUUGAUUUCAUUUCCAUUCACACAAACAGUGUAGGUUAUUGUGUACGGGAAUGUACUUAUCAUGUUCAUGUAAUAAUGCAAGAGGUCAUCUCCAGCGUAGCCCUACUAAAUUGGCAAUACAUUAUCAGGAUAUGCACUACUUUUGUUGAUGUCUUUCCAUCACGCUUGACUGCUGGUGUUGCUGUGGUUGUUUAAGUGUAUGCUCAAGGCUCAUAAUGCGUUUGUUUGAAAGAGGCACAGAAAUCGAAUACUUGCUGAUAAUGCCACUGUGAUUGAGCUUUCGAAGCAUAUUUAACAUUCUCUUUCAUUCUGAAUUAAAGAAGAAACUUGGAAUGUGUAGUGUAACAUGCCACAUAUUGCGAAAAGUGGGCAUCCAUGGUUCCUCCUUCUGAUUGGUGCCACUGCCUGGCACAUCGUUGGCACAGAGGCAGAGAAGUGCUUGGAUGUUCUCUGUGACCAAACAUGAUGCCUCAAUAUUACAAGAAUCUCCAGACAUACUCAAGCGAAACUCAAUCAUUGCUGUCAUUAUCAUGUAAAGAGAACGUUGGACAGUGUGUUGUGUUGUUCUGCUGUUAGACAUGACGGAAUGAACUCCAGUGCCCGUCACAUGGGAACACGGUGGUGUGGUGAGCCUCUACAUGGGAAGUGUAAUAAUACAUAUGUUAAGCAGAACUUUGCUUGAAGUGUUCUGUCAGAUUUAUACAUACUGUACGUACAUAGUUAUUUUUUAUCCAUAUAAGCAUAAUCAUUUUGUACUUAUUUUUAUACAUAUCAAAGAACUUUAUUUCUAAAAUUAUCUUAAAUAGAUAUUAACAAGGCUUCAGUACACACCAGUUAAGUUUGUUGUCCAUUUUUACCCUUGGCAACAGAACAUAUCAUGCUUUUAAAAGGACAAGCGUACUGUCCAUCUUGUGCUACAGAAGAUAGUCACAAAGUUCCAGCUUCAGCUCUCCAUCUGCUUUUCUGGGAGAGAACUGAUCCUUGAGCUGCUUUGAAGGACCUAGUUAUAUCAAUUAUAAUAUUCUAUUGUUCUAUCUUAUUGGCUGAGAUAAGCUACUGAUACAGUAAUUAGAUGUAAACUGUAGUAUAAUACCAAGUGGAAAGUGAAAAUUGAUGGUGAAAAUGUGCAUGAGAAUGGGUCAUUGCCAUUGGCUUGAAUCUACUCUCACUCUCUCAGGGUAGAAUUGAUCGUUAUCACUGAUAUUGACCUAAAUUAGGUCUCAGGUAACAGAGUAACAUGCUGAAAUAUUUUAAUGUGCAUAAACUGUAAUACACUUAAAACUGUUUGAAAUGGCACAGUUGGAAGAUGUGCAGAUCGACUCAGUCAGUGAGAUAAUCACCAUCUAAUGCUAGAUAGAAGGAGAAAAAAACCAUAGCAAUUUUACUACUGAGGAAAAAAAAUAUGAUAAUGCUUAGUGUUGAAGUAUGUUGUGUAAAUUCUGCCCAUUUAUAGGCCACAUUUUAUUUUUUAAAGAACAAGGAUCUCAGCUUUAAUGUUUGUCCACUGGAUGUAGUUUGAUCCUAAUGCAGCCCACUAGGCUCUGUCCUCAAGUGAUUUUUAAUUGUGAAUACAUGGAUGUUACACUUCGUAGCAAGUAGACUUCUUUUAAAAAACACAUGUGAGUAAACUGUAUGUAAAAUUGGAUUGUUAAAUGACAUACUUGCUAGUCUGGGGGGAAAAAAAGGAUUCAGACCUAAAAUGAAUCAUAAAUCACAAAAUAUUGGAGUCAUUUUUUUUAAGAGGACUUGUCCAAGGUAAUUUUCCUGUAAUGAAACUCAUGCAGUGCAUUGCAAAGAAGAGCUAAAGUACGGUGCAGAAAGCAGGUUUGGUGAAAGUUUUGAGUGAAGCUAAUUUCAGAGUCGGUACACUGUAAUCUCAGUUUAUUUCUUUAAUAUCAGCGUUUACAUUCCAUAUUGCCAGUUUUUAAGCAAUUAUAUGUUCUAGUAAUAAAGUCAUUGUUUAAAAUCACUAUCACUUAUUUGUUUACAGAUAUAACAUAACAAUUAGUAUAUAUCAGGAAUGUUUUCUUCUCUGUCAGUAGAUUUAGGAUUUUUUUUUCUUUCGACAGCUAAAGUCUGUCCACAAAGUGAUAAACAAGACUUGUCCUUCAGCUUGACUUUAUUCUCCAGUGUGCAUCAAGCAGUCACAGCAGUUCAUUGCAGUGUGUGUGUGUGUGUGUGUGUGUGUGUGUGUGUGUGUGUGUGUGUGUGUGUGUGUGCGCGUGCGUGCGUGCGUGAGUGUACACCCCUGCUGUGAGUUGAAACCACUGUUCUCUACAUAUCGGACUGUCUAAAGUGCCAUGACGUUGUCUCUAAACCAGCAUCAUUCAGUCAGAUGUUAAAAUCACGAAGAGGAUUUUUGAGGCAUCUAAUCCUGGCAUGGAGAACAUCCAAGCCAUGCAAGCCUCCAUGCCAGGGCAGUGCAGGCAGUGCUGUGCUCAGACUGAAGGAGGAACGUCUGAAGACCCACUAAAGCGAAAAGUGGCAUCUAAAAGAGCCUAAAUUUUCGGUUUGAAAGCCAGACUCUACUGGUUAUACACGUAUAAACACACUGACUGAAAGAUGCUGGGCACUAAAUGGGUUUUAAUGUGUCUGUAUGGUCAUCUGUCCACUUGUUAAAGAGUGUUAUUUCAGACAAUUAUUCUACUGUAAAAAAAAAAACUUACUACAACGUUACAAACUGUACUAAAUAAUGUGCUUUAAGGGAAUUAAGUCUUAACUGAAAGUGAAACCUUAGCUGAAACUGCUUUGGGAAACUUUUUUUUUUCUUUCUUUUUUCCAUUUUAAUAUAAAUUCAGAACAUCCAAUUUCCAUUUAAUUAUUUGGCUGUUCAUUACAGGACAAAAGGAAUUUGAGCUGUUUUAGCUAAUGGAGAAAGUGAUGGUGCUGAGUUGAUCUACCUGACUCUGUCAAAUAUAACCUGCUGAUAAACAUACUGUCUUGUACAAAAAGUUUGUACAUAAAUUGUACAUGUUUCUUUUUGUAUUUUCUCAAAUUAAAAUGGAUGUAUUUGUGUUCUAACGACUGUCGUUUUUUUUCCCCUUUGAGAUUUAUAAUGAUCGCAGCAUAAGCGAAUGAGGAUACUAAAAACAAGAACAACAAAUAAUGUAGUAUCAGUUUUAAUGUAAACUUGGCACUGAUUGUUUAGCCGUUCUUAUACCACAGAGCUGUUAAAUAUUCAGAUCACUUGAUUCAAUGCUGAUUUGAUUUUGUA